AAAAAUUUUUUUACUGUAAAAUGAACCCCUGAAACCAAUUAGCUCUUCAGACAGAAAAAUUCAAAUGGAGACAUUAAAAAGAUUAUAUAGACUACGCACUCCGUAAAUAUAUAUGUGACAUAUGUACUUCUUCAUGAAUACGGCAGUUGUCUAGACACCUUGCAUCCUGCGCAGAGGGCCUUAGUGGCGGUGGCCGGCGGGAAGAGAAGCUUUCAAAGCAGCUGCCAGGGGCUGCGGCGCUUUAGCGGCGGUGUCGGUACUUCUUCCAGGUCUUAAGCGAUGAAACUCCAGUGUGAGGUAGAGGUGGUUAACCGCCACCUUCCUACCUUUGGCCUGAAGGGUCGGGGUAAAGGCACCAGAGCAGUGCUGUCCUUGGGCCGGCCGUCGGACAAGACGCUGCCCCAGUCUCAGUCUGGGACCGCCCACCUAGUCAUACACACCCUGAAGGACAAGACUGGGAGCAGGUACAAGCUAAAGGAAAAUAUUGAACAAUUUUUUACUAAAUUUGUGGAAGAGGGGAAAGCCACUGUUCGAUUAAAGGAACCUGCCGUGGAUGUCUGUCUUAGUAAGGCCAAUUCCAGUAACUUAAAGAAUUUCCUGUCUGCUGUGAGGCUGGCUCACCAAGGCUGUGCAGUUGAAACAUUACCACUUUUAACUCUGGCACCACUGAAGACUUCAGAAGUUGAAAAACCAAAAACUAAAAUGGUCAUUACAUCCAAAAAAGAUUAUCCCUUAACCAAGAAUUUCCCUUAUUCCUUAGAACAUCUUCAGGCUUCCUAUUGUAGACUUGCUCGAAUUGAUAUGCGAAUGCUUUGCCUCAAAAAGCUUAAGAAAUUAGACUUGAGUCACAACCAUAUAAAAAAACUACCAGCAACAAUUGGGGACCUUGUCAACCUUCAAGAGCUUAUCCUGAAUGACAAUCAUUUGGAGACGUUCAGUGAAGUUUUAUGUUCUUCCACACUCCAGAAGUCUCUUCAGAGUUUGGAUCUCAGCCAGAACAAAAUUAAAGCUCUCCCUUUGCAGUUUUGUCAACUCCAGGAACUCAUAUAUUUGAAACUUGAUGACAAUGAAUUGAUACGUUUUCCAUUCAAGAUAGGCCAACUGAGUAACCUGCGAUUUUUGUCAGCUGCUCGAAACAAGCUUCCAUUUUUGCCCAGUAGUUUCAAAAAGUUAUCCCUUGAGUACUUGGAUCUUUUUGGAAAUGUUUUUGAACAACCUAAUCUCCUAGUUCCUAAUAUACAGUUGACGAUACCAUUAACAUUAUUAGAAACUUCUGCACGGGCUGUAUUAAAUUAUAGAAUUCCCUAUGCUUCUCAUAUCAUUCCUUUUCAUCUUUGUCAAGAUUUGGAUACAUCAAAAUCCUGUGAAUGUGGAAAAUCCUGUCUAAGCUCUUUUAUUCAAGCAACUAUUACUAUGAAUCUUCACUAUGUUGCUCACACUGUGGUGCUAGUAGAUAAUAUGGGUGGUACUGAAGCACCCAUUCUCUGUUACUUUUGUUCAUUAACGUGUUAUUCGCAAUUCUUGGAUAGAUCAACAAAAAGUAAUAGGUAAUAGACUUAUAAAAUUUUGUCCAGAGAUUAAAUCUAUUUUAUACUUCCUUACAUGAAUUCAAUUGUAAGUGUAAUAUAUAUCACAAAUAGGUUAACUAAUGUCAGAUUAAAAAAGAAAAAAUGUAUUUUCCUAACUUUGAAGUAAAAUUCUAAAUUGGCUUUUAUAAUGAGUUUAAUUUUAGCCUAAAGCUUAAUUCUUGAGUCAAUUUGAGUUGGUUGAUCACACCUAUUUUGGUUUGAACACUUACAUGUCAUAUAGCAAUAUGUUACUUUCUUAGAUGUUGUUAGAUUCUGUAACAACUUUUUAUGAAUAGAGCAAAAUGCUUUUAAAAGAGAACUACAUGAGUUCUAAGUGUAGUGAAAAAAUGUCAAGUGAAACACACUACAUAAAGAAUUCUAAAUGUGACUAGCUUUAACUCUUCAGGAAUAUUAUUUGAAUGUGUGAUAAUGACUAGGUGUGGAGUAGAAAGCACUGUUAUGUAUUUUCACUCAAAACUCCUAUUACAUGUCUUAUUACUUAGAUUCACCCUCAGUUUCACAUUCAUCUUGUCCUUGACAUGAUUCUUAAGCUUUAGAUAUUUAUUUUUUACCUUGUAAAGUAUCUUGAUAUGAGGAAUAGAAUUUUUGAGUUAUUUUCAAACCUUUGUUAACUUUUUAAAUAAAUAUCUCAUUUGGUUUUGUUGUUAAUUUUAGCUUAAUGUUCUAAAUCAUUUUAGGUCCACAUGUGUUUAGCUCAUUCCAUGAUGAGUAGAGUGGAAGCAUUGUAAUAAUGAUAGAAAAGGACUGGUCAACUCUAGGUGAUCUUAAGAUCUGUUUCUGUAGAAACACUCCCUUUCUGCCCACUCUACUUCUUCUGAAGUCAGCUGUACAGUAAAAUUAUGAAUUUCUACAUGUACUAUUACACUGGCUUAGAGUGUUUUCUCUGGGAAUAAAUAUUUGCAGUUUUAUUUUACAUAGUGGUUUCAUUUUGUGAAAAUAACAUUUGCUAACACUUUCUUUGGAAGACUAAGCAUCACUAAGAAUGCUAACCACUGUGUACUUAAAUAUUUCCUUUUUCAGUUUGGGUUUUUUUCCCCUCCAAAUACCAUUAUACUGUAACCACAUCAUAUUUUUACUUAUUCUAAAAUAUAGAGUUAUUCUGCAAGUUCAGUUAUUAUAGUGCUACUAAAAUGAAAAUGAAAUUAGUUUAUGUUUAUGUGUUUCACUACAAUUUGCAUUAGCAAGUUAUAUGAUCUCUUACCAGUAAAUUUUUAAGUUCAUUGAGAAAGUCAAAACAAUUUCUUUUUUCUUACAUUUUUAUUGAUACAUUGUUUUUACAUUGAGUGUGUUUCCCAAUAUAUCUCUAGCUGAGGGAGAUCUUCUAAAAGCAUAUACUUUUCCAGGAUGUCAAUAAGAAAGAAGGAACAAAAUACAGCAAAACUAAUCAAAACAAAUGCAUAUUCCUACACUUAUUCCAUAUAUCCAAGCCAUUACCAAUCUUUGUUGCUUCCACUUUUCCUAUAUGUCCUAUAGCAGUAAUGGCAAACCUUUUAGAGACUGAGUGCUGGGCCCUAUCCCACCAUACACCCCAGACUUUGUAUUGUGUCUCCCCCCCCCCCCCCAAGUUACAGGGCAUACUGCCCCCCCCCUUCCCAAGCUGGGAAGGGAAAAAGUGUUCCCAUUGGGCUGCUGGGUGGAGGGGUGGGUAAAGUGAGGAAGGGGAGGGGAGUGGCCAGAGUGCUCCACUUUGCUCCAGCUCUACUGCCUGUGAGCUACCCACUUUACUCCCUGUGCACUCCCAUUGGGCUGCUAGGCAGAGGGGUAGGUGAUGUGAAAAAAUAUCUUCAGGCACCAUGGAGAGGGGAAGGGGAGGGUGACCGCAUGUCCAUAAUGAGUACUGUUUGUAACAUCCUUCCAUCCUUGGCACCUGUGACAUAGGUUCGCCAUCAUUGUCCUAUAGUCCCCUCUCUCCAUUCAUAUAGCCAGAACUCUGGUGCAAGCCCUUCAAGUCUUAGCUCAAAUUGCACCCUCUGAAAAAGUCCUUUUCUGAUUUCCUUGGUCCCCUCCUGCUGUUAGUACCUUUCCUCAGGAAUUGCCUCCUAUUUAUAUACUACAUGUAUUUUAUGUGUUUAUACUUGUCUGCUUUUACCCCCAUUAAAAUAUGUCCCUAUGGGAGACAAUGAAA